AAUUCAGUUAGUGUUACGGAUUAUUGCAUUGCCUUCGUAAACACAUAUAUUAGGAAAUUUUCAGUAGUUUUUGACAACCGAGUUGCUGUACAGCUAUAUUUUUGUAUAAAUUAAACAAAAUCUGUGUUUAAAUAAGACAAUAGUUUAAUAAAACUUAAAAGUGACUGAACAUUCAUAGAGAUGACGAGUGGAAAGGUAGACAUAAACGGUUGGCCUGUUUGGUAUGAGAAGUUUGGGUCAGGACCUGAUGUCUUAUUACUUAUACCCGGAGCCAUUGGCACCGGCAGAAGUGACUUCAUGCCGCAACUGGAAGGUGACCACGCAUUUGACCAGGAUAAAUAUACGUUGAUAUGCAUAGAGCUACCCGGUUGGGGUCGAUCCCGACCUCCGGAAAGGAGAUAUGAUCGCAAUGUCUAUUUAAAUGAUGCGGACUGUGCUCUCAAAUUAAUGGAUUCAAACUCGUAUAAAGGGUCUGGUUCACCUGAAAUAGGUCUCAAUAUCCAGUGA